AUGAUUGGUCUCGCUGGUGCUCUUCUCGCGUACGCGUCUACCGCGUAUGCUGCGACCGCGCUCACCUUCCAGCCCCCGGCGCUCUCCCCGACGUCCCAGUCCUCUAAUUACACCGGAGCGUCGAACAAUACCAUCACGAAUGGUCCUGUUGUUCCGGGCAAGUCGUUCGACCGAAUCAUUCAGAUCUGGUUCGAGAAUACAGACUACGAGACGGCUAUCACUAACCCCACCUUCGCGAACCUGACGAGCCAGGGUCUCCUGCUGACUUCGUACUAUGCUGUUACCCACCCUUCAGAGCCAAACUACAUUGCUGCUGCCGGAGGCGAUUUCUUCGGGAACGCUGCUGACGACUUCCGCGCUAUUCCGUCCAACAUAUCCACUAUCGUCGACAUCCUGGAGGCCAAGAACAUUUCAUGGUCGUCUUACCAAGAAUCGAUGCCGUAUGAUGGUUGUAUGUCAUACAACUACACGUCGUACGACUACGUUUCUGGCACUGGGAAUUAUACCUACUACGUCCGUAAGCACAAUCCGCUCAUAAUUUUCGACUCCGUGUCGAAUGUGAGCGAGCGUGCUCUGCGAAUCCGUAACUUUAAUGACUUCGCUAACGACAUCAACCAUGGACCCCUCAGCCAGUGGACGUUCAUCACUCCCAACCUCGUCAACGACGGUCAUGACACCACGAUCACUUACAUGGCCAACUGGACGGAGUACUGGCUUCUGCCGUUGCUCCGGAACCCUAACUUCAACGACAACAGAACCCUCAUCUUCGUCACUUUCGAUGAGACCGAGACGUACACCAUCAACAACCGCAUCUAUGCCCUAGCCCUCGGUGGCGCUCUUCCCGCCAACCUCGUGAACACUACAGAUGAUGCCUUCUAUACUCACUACUCCGCCAUCUCCACAGUCCAGGCCAACUGGGACUUGCAGUCGCUCGGCCGCCAGGACGCGAACAAGACCGUGAACAACGUCUUCUCCUGGGUUGCGGCCACAGCGAACUGGACAAACAACGGCCUGAUAGCGAACUCGAGUAAUAUCCCGCUGCUCAACCUGACGGGCACCAUCGCGGGCCCGCUAAAUCCGGAGCUGUAUCUCCCCUUCACCGCGCCCGACGCGAGCGCAAUGGGUCCGGGCGCGCCAGGCGUCUUCGUCUCGCCGGGCACGAACACGUCGUUCACCACCUCGGAUCUGCCCGCGCCCGUGAACCUCACGAAUCUGGGCCAGCCCUUGCCAUGGUCGGCGUCGCCCGGGUAUGACUACGUGAACGGCUCGAAGGCACCUGCAAACGUCUCGACAGGCGCGAGCCCCUCCCCGAGCCCGUCGAGCUCGGGGGCGGAGCGCGUGUUUGUGCCGGUUCUUGGUGCGGUCGUUGCGGCGGUCGGGGCUAUGGUGAUGCUGUAG